GGCCGCUGAGGACAGCCCCACCGCCGCCGAGGCGUCCCCGCCCGCCCACCCCAUGACGGCCGACUCGUGGAGGAACCUCAUCGAGCACAUCGGCCUCUUGUAUCAGGAAUAUCGAGAUAAAUCUACACGCCAGGAGAUCGAAACCAGACGGCUGCAGGAUUCACAGACAGACCCCGAGGAGAGUUCGCCCAGUGAGGAAACCCCACCUGAGACAGAACCUGCAAGUACUCCCGAGAGCAAAGCUGCACCACAAUUCAAUUUGCUGAGGAACUCCAACUCCAGGUUCAACUUAUGGCAGGACCUGCCAGAGAUCCAGAGCAGUGGGAUCCUCAGCAUCCUCCAGCCGGAUGAGAUCAAGCUGCAGGAGGCAAUGUUUGAGCUGGUUACUUCCGAAGCCUCGUAUUGCAAGAGUCUGAAUCUCCUGGUGUCUCAUUUCAUGGAGAAUGAGCGUCUGAAAAAGAUCUUACACCAGUCUGAGGCACACAUCCUCUUCUCCAAUGUCCUGGAUGUCAAGGCUGUUAGUGAGCGCUUCCUGCUGGACCUGGAGCGACGGGUUGAGGAGAAUAUUGUGAUCUCAGAUGUGUGCGAUAUUGUGUACCAGCAUACAGUUGAUCACUUCUCUGUGUACAUCACCUAUGUCUCCAACCAGACCUACCAGGAGAGAACUUACAAGCAGCUUCUCCAGGACAAGCCAGCUUUCCGGGAGGUGAUCACACAGCUGGAGCUGGAUCCCAUGUGCAGAGGCUUAUCCUUUUCUUCCUUCCUGAUUCUGCCAUUUCAAAGGAUCACUCGGCUCAAGCUACUGGUGCAGAAUAUUUUGAAGAAAGUGGAAGAGAAAUCUGAGAGGGAAACCACUGCCCUGGAAGCACAUAAGGAGCUGGAAACAGUGGUGAAAGCAUGCAAUGAAGGAGUCAGGAAGAUGAGCCGAACAGAGCAGAUGAUCAGCAUCCAGAAGAAACUGGAAUUUAAGAUCAAGUCUGUGCCCAUCAUCUCUCACUCCCGCUGGCUGCUGAAGCAGGGGGAACUGCAGCAAAUGAACGGCCCAAAGACAUCGCGGACGCUGCGCACCAAGAAACUCUUCAGAGAAAUCUACCUGUUCCUUUUCAACGAUCUGCUGGUCAUCUGCCGGCAAAUUCCGGGAGACAAGUACCAAGUGUUCGACUCAGCGCCCCGGGGGCUUCUUCGGGUGGAGGAGUUAGAAGACCAGGGGCAGAGUUUGGCCAAUGUCUUCAUCUUGAGGCUGCUGGAGAAUGCUGAUGACCGGGAGGCCAGUUACAUGCUGAAGGCAUCGUCGCAGAGUGAGAUGAAGCGUUGGAUGAUUUCACUGGCCCCAAACCGGCGAACCAAGUUUGUUUCAUUUACAUCCAGACUUUCUGAUUGCCCGCAGAUCCAGUGUGUCCACCCCUACGUGGCCCAGCAGCCGGAUGAGCUGUCCUUGGAGCUGGCUGAUGUCCUCAACAUCCUGGACAAGACAGAUGACGGCUGGAUAUUUGGGGAGCGGCUUCACGACCAGGAGAGGGGCUGGUUCCCCAGUUCUAUCGGGGAGGAGAUCCUGAACCCCAAAAUCCGAGCCCAGAACUUGAAGGAAUGUUUCCGGGUGCACAAGUCAGAUGACAGCCAGCGGAGGAAACUGGGCAGCAGGAACCGCCAAUGACUGCUGGCAUCCCCGAGAUUGGGGAGCGCCCCUGGGAGAGGGGCAGAGGACAGAGGCUGCCAGCUGGGGGGAUACGGUGGCGGUGCUGGGGGCCGUGGCACGGGACCUGGUGUGCCACACCAAGCAUGUCCACCCUUGAACGCAUGGACCUCAGUUCCCAGGCGGCCUGCCGUGCUUUCUGCAGUGCUGAGCCCUCCUUGGAAAGCAGUGCUUCGAGCUGGCUGAAAUCACCCCUUUCCAAAGAGCAUGAGCCCAAACUGGCACCACACGAAGGCCCUGGGUGCCGGCCAGCUAACCAGUAAGGGAACCUGGGGCAGCAAAUGGAGCUCAGCAAUUAGCAUCAUCCACUCAUGCCUCAUUACUACCGUUUGAGUUAGGGGCUCUCUUAAAGCUGCACCUCAUAGGGAUGGGAAUUCCAGUGGAGGAACCAUCUCACGUCCCUUCACACAGCCCACUGCACCAGACCCGGGAGAAGCCCCCAGGACUCCAUUUCCCCAGUGAAAUUGAUGAAGGCAUCUCUUGGGUAGACCCUCGACCUGCUCCCCAGUGCUCUGAUGUGCUCUGAACACAGCCCUGCUCCACCAGCAGCCCCACCGCAGAGGUCCCAACCUCCAUUCUUGCUCACCUGAAGGCCUCAAAGCACAUCUGGGCCCUGUCCCAUGUCUCAUCCCCUCCCUCAGCUGUGCAGAAGCGUGGCACCAUGGCGUUCCCAGGCUGAUCCGGUGCUUUUGGGAAGACAGGCUGCACAUGGUCUCUGCUGCCCACCCUGGCAUGCUGCAGGGCUCCAGGAAUGCCAGCAGGCAAGCACCACGCAGUGAAUGACAGCACCCCAGGAGCUGCUGUGCUGCACGGUAGAAGGCUCAGCAACACGCCUGCAUGCUUGUAACCCACACCUCCAGCUGUGUGCAGCCUCCCUGUACAGUUCAUGUAUAUACGCAGUCUUCUGUCGCAAGCAGAGCCAGACCAUCACUUGCUCCAGUUGUGGCACUGAGCAUCGCAUGAAGCCCAGGGCACAGCGCUCCAAACAGCCCCACAUGUGACCACAGCAGAGAGCACCGGGCACACAGCAUGGGCUGUGCUGGUCCUGAGAUGCAGCCACCACCCGUUAUGGAAUCAGGGUUAUUGGGCAUUUCUGUAACGCAGCAAGGAGUCUUCCAGGCACUGCCGUGUGCUGCAGUGCUGUGCAGGCUGUAUUCCAGAAGGGGACACAGAUCAGUGUGGGCUCCUGGUUAUGUGAGAGGUGUGCAGUGAGCCCAGGAUGCAGCUGGGGGAAGCUGCAGCAACAGAAGGAGCACGGAAGGGGGUCUGCCCUUGGGCCAGCUCCAUGCCACGCUCAUAGGGCCCCGGGGAGGGCUGGGACAGAUCUACAGCCUCCAGCUUGAUGCAGUGGGCUCACUGAUGGGGAUGCCCCAAGUCAGGCCCCCAGAAGAGCACACCACAGGUACUGUCUGAGCACAGACCUCCAGGUCCAGGUACAGACCUGGCAGCAGUUGAAAAAUCUCCCAUGCGAACCCCAGAGGGGCUCCAGCCUCAGGCAGCCCUCUGAGUUACCCACUGAACUGAGCACAUCUCAGCCCAUCCAGUUUAGCAGAGCCACAGCCAGCACAGCCCUGUGCUGAAGCCCAGGGGCUGUUUAACAGUACAGAAGUGCUCCCUCACCCACCAGAAGCUGCUGUUCACCAGUGGAGGGGCCCAGAUUCCCCACUAUCAGGAUACCAGCACCUGGCUGUGUUACCUGUGGGAAGGAGAGGGGCCCAGGGCUGUCCACGCGCUGUCCCCUCACACCCUGGACUCGCUCCAGCUCUGUUGUGACUUCUUAUGACUUCGAACCUUAAGCACAGGCUGUGCCAUUUCCAGGCACCAAGUGGCAUCCAGUGUUAUUUCCUCAGACCCGGCCACGCACGCCUUUUCACGGGUGUGCAGCUGCAGCCCCCACAGCCUCUGCCAGGCUGCUGCAGGGCACUGAGGAGAACUUCUCGUCGUCUCGUUUUCUGUGUGAUGAAAUACAGCUGAGUGAGCCAGCGCCA